AUGUCCACGCCCAGCUCCACCCUCCGUCAGCGAGGCGGCAAAGAAAAGAACAAAUCAUUGGCCAACGGGACACAAAAUGACAAAAGCCAGACCCAAACACUCGAAGAUACGCAGAAGAAGAGCGGAUCCAAAGAAUGGGACUAUAGGAUUGCCUUGGGAAUAAUCACCAUCCUUGCCUUUGCAACCCGGUUCUUCGGUAUCAGCCAUCCAAACGAAGUCGUCUUUGACGAGGUGCAUUUCGGAAAGUUUGCAUCCUACUAUUUACAGCGAACCUAUUUUUUCGACGUACACCCUCCCUUUGGCAAGCUUCUCUUCGCCCUUGUCGGUUGGCUUAUUGGCUAUGAUGGACAUUUCCUCUUUGACAACAUUGGUGAAUCCUAUAUUACCAACAACGUCCCGUAUGUCGCAUUUCGAGCAUUGCCUGCUCUUCUCGGAGCCCUCACGGUGGUGGUGGUCUUUUUGAUCAUGUGGGAAUCAGGCUAUUCUCUUCCAGCUUGUGUUUUGGCAACCGGAUUGGUCCUUUUUGACAACUCUCAUGUUGGGCAGACCCGGCUGAUUCUCCUUGACGCCACCCUGGUCUUCUUCGUCUCAUUGAGUAUCCUCUCGUACAUCCGAUUCUACAAACAACGACAUGGUCCAUUUGGCAGAAAGUGGUGGAAAUGGCUUCUCCUGACCGGCUUCUGCAUGAGCUGCGUCAUUUCCACGAAAUAUGUCGGUGCGUUCACCUUCUUCACGAUUGGAUGUGCCGUGUGCCUCGACUUGUGGGGUCUCCUGGAUAUCAACCGCAAGGAGGGAGCUCUGGAUCUCUUCACCUUUGGCAAGCAUUUCGUCGCUCGUGCCGUUGGCUUGAUUGUCAUUCCGUUCUUCUUUUACCUAUUCUGGUUCCAGGUUCAUUUUGCCAUCUUGACGAGAUCCGGUCCCGGAGACGACUUUAUGACACCAGAAUUCCAGGAGACUCUCAGCGAUAACCUGAUGCAUCAGGCUUCCAUCGACAUUCAAUAUUAUGAUUACAUCACCUUGCGUCACAAGGAUACCAAGACAUACCUGCACAGUCAUCCAGAGAGAUAUCCUCUUCGAUAUGAUGAUGGUCGUAUUUCCAGCCAGGGACAACAAGUCACGGGUUAUCCUUUCAACGACACCAACAACCAUUGGCAAAUCCUCCCCAAUCUUCCAAACCCUGAUGGAUCCCAAGCCGGCACUCCCGUUCUGAACGGUGACAUUGUCAAGCUUCGGCACGUCGUGACCAACACCAUGCUCCUGACCCAUGAUGUGGCUUCUCCUUAUUAUCCCACCAACCAGGAAUUCACCACGGUAUCUCUUGAUCUUGCUGCUGGAGAUCGUCACAACGACACAUUAUUCGAAAUCCGAAUGGAACAAGGAAAGAAAGGCCAACCAUUCCGGUCAAUGUCUGGUCAAUUCAAACUCAUCCACUACCCGACCAAGGUCGCCAUGUGGACACACACAACGCCACUUCCGGAAUGGGGGUUCAAACAAGCCGAAAUCAACGGCAAUAAGAAUUCCCAACAAUCCAGCAACAUCUGGUACGUCGACGAAAUCCCCAGCAUCCCAGCCGAUUCUCCCAGACUGGUCAAGGAGCCCAAGAAGACCAAAUCCCUACCCUUUUACGUCAAAUACAUCGAACUCCAACGCGCCAUGUUCUAUCACAACAACGCCUUGACAGCAAGUCAUCCAUACGCCACCCAGCCUUUCCAUUGGCCAUUCUUGCUGCGUGGAGUCAGCUUCUGGACCCAAGAUAGCACCAAACGGCAGAUCUACUUCCUCGGAAAUCCCAUUGGAUACUGGAUUGCCAGUGCCCUUCUCGCGGUCUUCGCCGGUAUCUUGGGCGCUGAUCAAUUGAGCCUGAGACGAGGCAUCGAUGCCCUUGAUCCACGCACCCGCUCCCGAUUGUACAAUAGCACGGGAUUCUUCUUCCUCUGCUGGGCCGCGCACUACUUCCCCUUCUACCUCAUGGGUCGCCAACUGUUCCUGCACCACUACUUACCGGCACACCUGGCUUCGUGUCUCGUGACAGGCGCACUGGUCGAGUUCAUCUUCAAUGUCGACCCCGUCCUCGACGAGGAAAUGACCGCCAAAAAGGACAAAGUCACCGGCAAACUGCCUGAUAAAGCGCGCCGAACCUUCCAAACCGCCCAAGAGAGACUGAAAGGCCAGAGCAUGGUCGCGACCUGGUCCGCCGCGCUCGUUAUUCUCGCCGCCGUUAUUUACGGGUUCUACUUCUUCUUCCCCCUCACUUACGGCUGGCCCGGCUUGACACCCGCGCAAGUCAACGCUAGGAAAUGGCUAGGGUACGAUUUGCAUUUCGCCAAGUGA